AUGGUCUCAAAACGGCUCAGGACAAGUGCCAUUCUCAGCAGGGUUGCCAUCAGUCUCGCCGCAGUCUGCUGUCUUGCCAGUGCUCAAGAUAUCUACGAUACAAUCUACAAUGACAUUGGAUCCUUGCCAUGUGUCCGCCUGCUGAACGCUACAGGAUUCGUAGGAUGCCAAUCUAUGGGGGCUGCGUCAGGCGUGCUGUACAGGGCAGACACUCUGGAGGAUAUCAAGCAAUUUGCUAGCGACGGCGGACUCGGGAACCAGUAUACAGUCGUGAUCCCAUACUGGCUGUUGUCAAGCUCUAAUGUAGACAUUUUGAAGUCUUCGAAAAGGCUGGCAGCAAUCCUCGCGGUGGUCAAUGGGACAGACCCAGCACAUGCAGUUGCGGCAAGACCCGCAGCCAUCAUUUCCCCCGAUACAACAUGUCCCAACUGCGAGUUCGGUCUCUACGCCAACACACCAAAGCAGUACCAAUGGAACCCAACCGGCUCUGGGUUGCUUUUUGAGCAAUUUGAUUUCCCUAUCUAUGCGCUGAACACCAUGGACAUCCGCAACACUAUGUCAUAUGCCUCAGUUAUGCAGGCGGUGAACAGGAACCGGGAUAAGGGCUAUCGGGACUAUCCAUUGAAGUCGCUCCAGUUCCACUCGUUCAUGUGGGGUGCCCAGGAUACUGGCGCCUGUCUUCGCAAAGGAUGGUGCACGCCAGUAGGAGGAGCUUCGGUUUGGUCUACCCCUUCGACUAACAUCUCUUACACGGAUGAGAAACCAAUUGUUGUCAUCACUGCUGCGAUGGAUUCUAGAUCACUUUUCCACGAUCUCACGCUGGGCGUCGAGACUUCUGUAGCAGGAAUGGUGACCGUCUUAGCGGUGGCCGAGGCAUUGAGUCGCUCUACAAUCCCUCUGGAUACGAUGUCAAAACAUAUUGUAUAUACCCUUUUCACUGGCGAGGCAUGGGGAUUCAGCGGAUCACAGCGUUUCGUCCAGGAUAUCACAUCGACGCCCAUUCAGUGCGAGAAACCUCCAACCUCAGGAUCUGGAUGUGCCUAUCCAUUCUACUCUGAUCUUGAGUUUCAGCGCUUGAAUCCUGCCAAUAUUGAGGCCAUCCUAGAGGUCGGACAGAUCGCCGGGAUGGGCGGAGCAGGAGGGAGCCCAACACUUUAUGCCCACGUCGACAACAUCCAGGAAUCAGCCUCGACCGCGCUCUUGAACCAAAUCGUUCAGAUCGGAGCCAACGGAAGCACUACCGUCCCUCCUGACCCCAAUGCAGGAAAUCCUGUACAAGCAGCCAAUUCAGACGGCGUGAAGCGAGGAUUGCCACCUUCAAGCUCAAUGUCGUUUUUGAAGUCUCGAGGCAACAUCCCUACCGUUGUGCUGACGGAUUUCCAGAAGCAGAUGAGUGCCCUUACAAACCAUGAUCAGGACGACAGCUGGAACACUCCCAACACUGUCAACUUGAUCCAGCAGGCGGCUUCGGUGAUCUCCAAAACGGCUUGGCUGCAGGCUCAGGGCGUUUCCGACUCUGCGGCCAUGACCCCUGCACAGACGGAAGCCAUUGCCAGUAUUCAGGUCGAUGCUGGACUUGUUCAGGAUCUGUUGGAGUGUCUUUCAUUCAACUAUUCCUGCCCGCUUGUGGACAGAUACCUCAAUGUCACUGCCUCUCCCACUCCUCCAGCACGCUUGCCCCACUACUCAGGAACACUGUACAGUCAGUCCCAGCCCUUCCCUAUCUUUGCUUGGAGCUUUUUGGCAAACAUGACAAGCGUCAAGAACACGACAUCGCCGACGCCCCGAGUAACAGGAUGCAGCUCUAUGCCCGCAAUUGUUCAGUGUGGUCCCAAGGAGUAUUGCGUGGGAGACCAGUGCCUUGUCAGUUUGACGCGAUACCAUGAUGCGUAUGGAACUGGCCUUGCCAUGAACUCGAAUUCUGAGUACUAUAUCAAAGAUGCUUCCAAGCCUGUCUGGACCGAGAGCACAUGGGAUCCUAUCGGUCUUAGGAUGUUUGAUGUGACCUCGCCUGGGUCCCAGAUAGCAGAGCUGAUGACGGGGCUUGCGUUGACGCUUGUCAGCAGUGGCGUGGUCUGGUACUCGAGACGGUUCCUGAAGAAGACUCUGAAGGAGGACUAA